AAUAUUGACGUGGUUGUUGUAUUCAAAUGAACUGGCUGACCCGACCAAUCAGAGCGCAUCGUAUCAUUAUACCUUCUUUUCAGAAAUCAUUCAUAACGCCGAUGCGUCAAACCACUCACACGGAGCCGCGGCUAUAAAUACGGCUGCGCGCAGCGCACAGUUAGACAUUUCCCCCGCAAAAAUCAAACGCUACACAGCCACAGCCGCAGAUCCGUUCCGCUCUCUUCACGCUCAGUGCACACUUCAGCAUGUUGGCGGUGCGUGGACUGUAUCUGAAGCACGUCGCGGUGGCCGCGCUCUGCGCCGUGCUGGCCACCGGCGGCGCGUCAGGGUCGCCGGUGGUGGGGCCGCAGCCGAUCCGAUGCGCCGCGUGUACUCCGGAGAAGCUGAGCCAGUGUCCGGCGGUGGCGCCCGGAUGCGCCGAGGUGCUGCGGGAGCCGGGCUGCGGGUGCUGCCUCGCCUGCGCCCUGAGCGCCGGCGAGAUGUGCGGGAUCUACACGGCGCCGUGUGGCUCCGGGCUCAAGUGCAACCCGAGACCCGACGACCCCCGGCCGCUCUACGCCCUCACCAGGGGACUGGCGGUGUGCACAGCAAGCACCGAGCCCGCGCCGACCCCCGAACCCCAGCCACAAGAUCAGGGAGAGCCGGAGGCGACGGAGAUGGAGAACACCGUCCCGGACGCCGGGUCCAGCCUCUACAUCCUCGGUAAACCGUACGACGCGCUUGCCGCCGCCGACAUUCAGGAGAGCAUGAAAGCCAAAGUGGGCGCCAUCCGCAAGAAGCUGGCCGAUCAGGGACCCUGUCACACCGAGCUGCAGAGAGCUUUGGACAGAAUCGCCAAAUCCCAGCUGGUUUUAGGAGACAAACUCAACAGAUUCUACCUCCCCAACUGUGACAAAAACGGGCUUUACAAAUCCAAACAGUGUGAAUCCUCUCUGGACGGACAGCGGGGUCGAUGCUGGUGCGUGUCCUCCUGGACCGGCAAGAGGACUUUAGGAUCACCUGACCUGUCCGCAGAUGCCGAGUGCCCUUAAGAGAUCAUCAGCCUUUGAAGAUCUCCACCAAACAAGCAAGCCACUGAGUUUCCUCUUUGAUAGCUGUUUAUUUAUUGAUUUAUUCUUUUUUUUUUUUUUUUUUUGUCCAUGGUGGUGUUUAAUUCAGGUACACUGUUUCUGCGGAACCACCCUGAAGCCGCACAUUCCCUCCCCAAAACUCCUUCAAACACCCGUCCUAAA